GUGGGCCCCGUGUGGCGGGGUGGCUUUCUUUCUCUGCUCGAAGCUCGCAGCAGCCGAGGGGGGAUUGGAGCGGUUUGUGAGGGUUUUGAGCGAAGGUGAAUCGGGAUGUGCAGGCAGGCAGCCGGGCUGUGUUGGAAAUGGAGGGCGUGGGCUCGUCCGGAAAAGGAGGAGGGGGACAGACAUACUUUACCGCAGAAUUAAAACAUUUCACACGUUGGCACACUUUGUCUAACGUGCCAGUUUGGUUGAUGUCGGGUCGGCAGUCAGCGCCGUAGUGCCGUGUGAGGUACCCAAGUGUACUUGCCCUCACACUUCUAAAAGUGCCGUCGAGGGGGGAUACAAAUGCGGAAAUUUCUCAGGUUUGGGUUUGUGCCUAAUCAAGCCUGAUCCAGACGACGGUACCAGAGCAUUGUUGGAAAGACUGAGCCACUGUCAUCUGUCCACCUUCAGAGUUAGCUGAUUGGUAGUUCGUCGCCUCAUCGCUGUCUGUCAAAGAAAAGUCUGAAUCAUGUGGAGUGGCCAGAAUGAUGGGGACCAGCAUGGUCAUGUCACUGCAAGAAUGGAGACUAGUUUGCCCAUGGGCACCACAAGCAUCUCCAUCUCCCAGCAGCAGGCCCCUAAGAAGUUUGCUCCUGUGGUGGCUCCAAAACCCAAGUUCAACCCAUACAAACAGCCGGGAGAGGGUGGACACGAGGGUGCAGGUGACUACCCACCUCCGCCCCCUCCAGUAAUGGACACCAGUGGUCUGACGUCCCCUGCGUCCUACCCUCCACCUCCACCAGUGGACGAGAGCUCAUUUGGCUUUCAGAUAAAAGGGCCGGAAAAGACUCUGGAGGAGAGACGCUCCAGCCUGGAUGCUGAGAUCGACUCACUGACCAGUAUCCUGGCUGAUCUAGAGAGCAGUUCCCCAUACAAGCCCCGCACACCACAGAAUUCUGCCAGUGCACCGGCUACCAGCCCCAAUGCUCCAGUCACAGGCUAUAAGCGCAUGGUUAUCCCUACCCAGCCUCCUCUGACUGCCACUAAAAAAUCCACCCCCAAACCUCAGGCAUCUCCAGUGCCCUCUCCUGCUGCCCCUCCAACAGCCAGGCCUCAACAGCAGCCUGUCCCAGCUUCAUACACCACCGCCUCCACCCCAAGCCAGCCCACCUUCAAUGUCCAGGUGAGAGCAGCCCAGCCUGGGCCUCAGCAGCAGCCCGGCCGCAACCCAGCCCCAGUGCAGUACAUGCCGGCCCAGCCCAGAGGCCCAGACUUCGCCUAUGGCCCUCCACAGCCUGGCUUCAAUCCGGCUCCAGCUGGAGGCUACCAGGAUCUGCACUAUGGUGGAGCUCCGGCUUACGGAGGCCAGAACACCUGGAGAGCUGAGCCGGGCCACCAUGCUGCCCCACUGCACAAUCAGCCCUACCAGCCCACUGCACCUAAGAAAACCUACAUCACUGACCCUCCUACCAGCCUAGCACCCUAUGGAGCAGGACCCGGGGGCCCUCAGAAGGGACUAGGCCAAUCCACAGCUCACCCUGAGGAGGAACUGGACAGGCUGACCAAGAAAAUGCUGUAUGAUAUGAACCACCCACCAUCAGAGGAAUACUUUGGUCGUUGUGCUAGCUGUGGGGAGAAUGUGGUGGGUGAGGGAACGGGCUGCACUGCCAUGGACCAGGUCUUCCAUGUGGACUGCUUUGUCUGCAUGACGUGCAACUGUAAGCUGAGAGGGAAACCCUUCUACGCUGUGGACAAGAAAGCCUAUUGUGAGCCCUGCUACAUUAACACCUUGGAGACCUGCACUAUCUGCAGUAAGCCCAUCAUGGAGCGUAUCCUGCGUGCGACGGGGAAAGCUUACCACCCCCACUGCUUUACCUGCGUCGUGUGCCACCGGAGCCUGGAUGGCAUCCCUUUUACUGUGGAUGCCUCCAACCACAUCCACUGCAUUGAUGACUUCCACAAGAAAUUUGCUCCUCGUUGCUCCGUAUGUAACGAGCCCAUAAUGCCUGCUCCUGGCCAGGAGGAGACUGUCCGUAUAGUGGCCCUGGACAGGGACUUCCAUGUGCAGUGCUACCGCUGUGAGGAUUGUGGCUGCCUCCUCUCUGAGGGUGAUAAUCAGGGUUGCUACCCGUUGGAUGGUCAUGUUCUCUGCAAGAACUGCAACACCAGCCGCAUCCAGGCCCUGACUGCCAAGGCCACCACCGACCUCUGAGUGCCUUGUGCACAUCCAGACAUGCAUACCCAUAUUCACACACACGCACGCAUGCACGCACACACACAUAUACCUCCACUUCAUCAAAAUCAAGGCAGACAUGAAUGAGAAGCUCUCAAGUUUAUACUAUGAAAUCUGUUAAUGUUAAUUGCCAGCACACAUACAAAUGUAGUUUAUUUUUUGGGGAACAUAUAUGCUCAAGACAUUCCGGAAAAAAUCCUCCCCCAGUUAUACUAUGAAAUCUGUAAUGCUAAUUGCCAGCACAUACACGCAUCCACACAUUCACAUGCAAUACAUAAUUAUGAAAUUGCUUGAGUUGCUGAUAGGCUGAAAGCAUUUUGCUUUGGAAAAUUACAUACGUACUCAGAAACCAGUAAGUCUAGGCUUCGGGGCCUUAUCCGACUGUACUAAUGUAACUAAACAAUUGUAAAAAAAAUACUUAAAGGUACAGUAAGUUGACUUAUUCAUUAAAACUAAAACAAGUACUAAGAUAAAAGGUUAUAUAAUGAUAGUCAGAAGGGAAUAUCACACAGUGAAGGCUCAAAUUUGUCCUUGUGAUUUUUGAGCUUAGUGUACUUUUAACAGGUUUGGGUAACGAGUUUAAAAAGUCAAAGAAUUAUUUCUGUCUAAAAUUCGAGUCUCAUCUGCCAUGGUGGCUUUUUUCCAUGCUGUAUUUGUAAUUCUGCCCUCGCUCUUGUCCUUUAGAGAGCCGGUUGCGACGCAAAAACAUUUUUAAAAAAGGGAUCAUAAUCCACUGUUACUUAUUCAGCAGGAUUUUCUGACAAUCAAAACGAUCGCCUUGCUUUUAUCAUUGACAUUAUGUCAAGACUGUACCUAUGUUUUCAGUAUGAUCAACAUGGUGACGGAGCCACAUGAAUUUGUAUGCACACAGAUAUACAAACGUGAUUGCACACCCUUACAGUUUUAUUGCAUGAAGCUCUCUUGUUUCCUCCAAUGGCCUUACGUAAUAUGCAGAAGUGCUUUUCAGGAUUAUUAUUCAGGUUUAUAAAUAUGCAAACGGAGUUGAGAAGUGUACAUGACUUUAAAGCUCUAGUUUCAGCUGCAACUAUACCAAAACAGGAGGUGACGUUAAACUACGUAGUUGCAAAAUCUCUCCAGGCAUGUAGAGGUAAGAGAAAAAUUGGACUAGUAAUAUUUUGACAGUGAUUUAAAUCUUAAAGCAGCUCAUAUUUGAAUUGAAUUCAUACAGGUAGACACACUGCACGUUGGGCAAUGCUUACCACUUCCCAACUUUUCCCAGUACAUACCAGGAGAUGAAACAAGUCCUCAACGAGCUACGUUUACAUUCUUCAACGUUGUGUGUAUAUUGUUAUGUGCUUUUUUUCAGUUCAUAGAGAGGUUUAUUUGUAUGGAAUAGGACUGUGAACGACCAACGGUAGCUCUCUUUCCAACUCGAAACAUGUUUAACCAAAGCCUGGAUAUGCUGCAGUUCACUGCUGCUUCCACCUUUUAUUCAAUAUACUGCUUUGUCUGUUAGCACAACUAUUGUAUUUAUAUGUAUAUCGUGUAAAAGAGGCAUGCAAUACGACUCAGAGUGCAAAGACUGCUGCUGUGCUGUUCACCAUGCACAGCCGUUCUUUCUUGCAAAGCGAGUCAGGUUACAUUGUCGCCACAUUCCUCAGAGUAAGAAACACUGAAAUGUUGUCAGCGUUGACGUUGUGGUAUGCCAGUCACACACGAGCUGAAAUGGUGUUCAAAGUUAAGUCUUAAGUGAUGAUGACCAACAAACGCUAAAGAUGAAGCAGGAAUUGUUUUUGUGCUGUCCAUUAUUUCAGAUGUCCUUAAAUUGUAAAAUGAUGUAGUGUGGAGACAAAAGUAGAAAAGAAAGUAUUAUAAUGAUUAGGAAAAGAACUCAUAGCAAUAGGAUUUAUUUCUUAGCAUUGUAAAAGAAUAAUAACAAUAUGCAAUUUCCUUUUUUAAUAUUGCAUUGACACUUUAUAUAGAAUGAUAUGCAGACUUUUACCCUUUUUAUAUUCUGCAGGAAAUAUUUGAGUUGUGCUUAAGCAAUAGGGGAGGUUCAGUCAGCGUGUGGGAACUGGUGAAAGCCAACAUUGGGAACUGAGGAAAAACUUUUUCUUUUUGCUUAUUUUUUUUUCUUCAAGUAAAGCGCGCUCUCUCUUGGUGCUGUACGUCUAUGUGGUCUUUUUUUCUGCUAACUGUGGUUUUGAGUGUAGUUCUAAGAGGUAGAGAUGUCAUCAUGAAUGAGGAAAAGCACAGGUGUUUAUACCUGAUGCUGUUUUGCUAAACCGUAAAACCGCUUCUUAUUUCAUUUUAAAACUUCUUCGUUGAUUAAUUAAGACAAGCAAAGACCUGCUUACACUCUAAAGCCUGUAAAUGAAUGUUGGGAGUAAAAUGCCUUAUUCAAUUGCUUAUCACAAUCAGGGUGCUCGGUCAGUUAUUCCUAGAAAGCACCGUACAUUUGCUUGAGUUAAAACAUUUUUAUCCUACACUAGAGUUACCUGUGUCGUAGAUGUUUGCAAUGCAUUUGUUCAUUUUGUUGGUGUCAUUUAAAAGCAGCAACAUGUUUUUGGCCUUAGUGAAGCAUCAGCAAGUCUCAGUGAGUACUGAACAGAUGAUAACCACAAAGAAAGUGUCCACAGCUGCUUGAGGAGCAACUUGAUGUUUUGCCUUGUCAGAAUGCAAACAGACAAAUUUCAAAGUGAGAUAAAUGAAACAAAUUAUUGUUUAAGCCAUUUCUCAGAUUUUUGCAUUAGGAUGCUUCAUCCUCGCUUUGCUGACACGGGUACUAUUUUUAAUUUGCAAAUAUUCAACCCCCAUCACACUGUCUGUAUUAUGUCCUCUUGCUUUAAUAAACCUCUUUUUGCAUAAGA